AUGGUUAAAAGCAAAGUAAUAUUGAUACCAGGAUUACCAGGUUGGGGCUUGACCGAUGGGUACUGGGAAAGUGCACUAGACAGUUCCAUUAUUUCAACCAAUUUAUCAAUUUCAUGUGUUGACCCAAGUCCUAUAGCUUCACAUCACGACAGGGCUUGCGAAAUAUUUGCACAGAUAACCGGUACAUUGGUGGAUUAUGGAUUAGGACAUUCAAAAUUGUUUGGACAUUCCCGCUGGGGUAAGGAUUAUAGUAAAACACCUCCACUGUAUUUAGAAUGGGGACCCUCAAACCCCAUUCACCUUGUGUGUCAUUCUACUGCCAUAAAUACAGCCAGAGUUCUCCAAAAACUUCUCGAAAUCAAUUUUUGGAAUAAAGAAACAAGUGCUAAGUGGAUUUUGUCAAUUACUUCUAUUAAUGGUGCACUCAAUGAAUCUGCUGUAUCAGAUGUGAUUAAUAAGGAAAUUUUGCAUCUGAUCAACGGAAACUUUAUGUGUAAAGAAUGCAAAAAUCUUGGUUGUUCAGCUUGUAUCCAUAUAAAGGUCCAAAAGGCAGCAAAAAUACUUAGUCGAGCUGUCAUAUGGGCGGCCACGUCAAAACUGAAACUAGACUCUGAACAACUUAGUCGAGCCUUAAACUGGUCCAUAGGUCACUGGGUUUCUAAUGCUAGUGAUAGUCCUCAAUUUCUAUCUGGGGAGGAAGUUGUGAAUAAGUUGAAUUCUAGUUUGAAGUGUGGAAUAUUUAGUUCAGGUGAUAACAUAAUUUAUGAUAAUACACGGGAGGGUAUUUCCAAGCUUGAAGGGAUUCUCCACAAUUCAUCGAACAUUAAGGGCUCCUUGAAACGUGUUCCGGAUUUUAUCCACAGUGGUACAUUUUAUCUUUCCCUAUUUUCCAGUGCAACUAUGUCAUCUACUCUUUACGUACCCUCUGAAAUGUCACCUAUAUUGUGGCCAUUUGCUGCUAUCCUUUUGGAUAAAACUAACGACAACUGUCUUGAUGACCAUACAAAAAAAAUAAUACAUAAGAUACAGGAAAUAAGCAAUGAUGUGAACCCAUUAAGGGACAAUGAUGGUCUGGUUACUGUAUUAAACCAGUGUAUACCGCGUGGAGCCGAAUCAUUUGUUGAAGUGUUUCCAAAACAAGAAUGUUUGUUGUCACUUCAUGACAGUAUAAGGCCCGGAGUAUGGUACAUUGAUAAUGUAAAUAGAUGGAUCGAUGGAAUUCAGAAGAAUGAGUCUCAUCUUGAUGUCGAUUGUGGAAAUGCCAGUAAAACCAGUUGCACAUCUGACAAAAGAAAGUCCGAAUUUCUGUGGGAUCAUUUUGAUGCUUGUUGGUCGAGAACUCUACUCAAAUCAUCUCAGGAACAAGUACCUCUUGAUUUCCAAAGAUCACUUUACCGUAAUGUAUUUUUAUACAUUUCCUCUGUACAGUUUCUCUUUAAUAACUCUUCCAAGUAA